UGUGUCUCCACCUGUUUGCGUUUCACAGAUCCAACAACUCUUAGCAAAGCUUUUACUGCUAUUAUCAGAUAUGUUCCCAUGUGUGAAACAUUCACCAGUCUUUUAGAUUUCAUAAACUUUAUGAACGGACGACCUCUGAGGAAGAUUUUUCGUGGCCUGUUGUGCCAACGCCGUCUUCUCACGCCAUCAUGAAGAAAUUUACUCCAACUGUUUGUACUAAGCUGGAGUCCAGAGCUCUCUGCAAAAAGAGUUUCUUGGUUUUGUGGAUUUUCAGUUUACGGAUCUCAAAGAAGAAGAAAGAGGAUAGAAGAACUAAGAAUAAAAGGUGUCUCUCUGGAGCUCAACAAUGAUGUCAUACCUCAAACAGGCCCCUUAUGCCAUGAACGGGCUGGGGCUCAGCGGGGCAACUAUGGACCUCCUCCAUCCCUCUGUGGGAUAUCCCACAAAUCCUCGUAAGCAGAGAAGAGAGAGAACGACGUUCACUCGCACUCAGCUGGACAUCCUGGAGAAUCUGUUUGCAAAGACGCGCUACCCAGAUAUUUUCAUGCGUGAGGAGGUUGCUCUGAAAAUCAAUUUGCCUGAGUCAAGAGUGCAGGUUUGGUUUAAGAACAGACGUGCAAAGUGUCGUCAGCAGCAGCAGAGCAGCAGCAGCAGCAGUUCCAAGAUCCGCCCGGCGAAGAAGAAAUCCUCUCCGUCCCGUGAAAGCCCUGGGUCAGAGAGCAGUGGCCACUUCACUCCUCCCGCUGUCUCCAGUAACACCUCAUCGUCCUCGUCUUCGUCCUCAGGCUCCAACCCCUCCGGUCUGAUCAGCAGCUCGUCCUCAGGAACAACACCUGUCUCGUCCAUCUGGAGUCCCGCUCCGGUCUCGCCGCUUCCCGCUCCCCCCUCGCUCCCAGACAUCUCCCCCCCGGCCAGCGCGUCCUGCAUGCAGAGGGCCAUCUCGGGUGGCGGGGGUACUACAGGAGUGCCGUCGUACCCCAUGCCUUACAACCAGGCUCCCAGCUACGCCCAGGGCUACCCGACCUCGAACGCCGCCUCUUACUUUGGCGGCAUGGACUGCGGAUCCUACUUGGCGCCGAUGCCCGCCCACGCCCACCAUCACCCACACGCCCAUCACACACAGCUGAGCACCGCCGCGGUAUCAGGACACCACCCGCACCACAUCGGGCAGAGCGGCGGACACCCGCAUCACCCUCACCAGGGGUAUGGCGGCGCAGGGCUGGCGUUCAGCUCUUCAGACUGUCUGGAUUACAAAGAUUACAAAGAUCAGGCCGCUGUGGCUUCAUCAUGGAAACUGAACUUCAGUUCGGCGGCGGCCGACUGCUUGGACUACAAAGACCAGGCCGCCUGGCGCUUUCAGGUUUUGUAAGGACAAUUCAUGUUGUUUCCUGAUGUUUACUUGUUUGUUUUCCUUUGGAGAAAGUCUUUUCCUCAACGUCGGAAAAAGUAGUGACUUUUGUGCCAACUUUUUCUACUUUUCGGCGAAACAAGGAUUUGGAGACCAAAGUUUCUUGUGUGUUGCAAAAGCGAGACGGGUUCUUUGUCGCCCUCAACGGACAGAUUAAAAAGCGAGGGUUGAAUUUGUCGCACUCCUGACACGACGCACUGAACGAAUGAGACACGUGGUGUUUGAAACAAUGAAGGCAAUAAUAAUUUUAUAUGAUUUUCUUUACGGAGGAGAAUGUGACUUAUGCCUUACUGCUCAUGUGAGAUGUUAAAAACUAAUUUGCAUUCAUGUUCAUUUAAUAAA